AUGAUCGAAUCAACACAAACAGCACCGGGCGAGGCUGGUCGCCCGUACAUACUUGAAUCGCUGUGCGGUGAAAUCAUUUACAUUCCGCUGUCCAAGUCCGCGACGCGGCUGCUCGUAACCGGCAAGGAAAGCGACAACGCGUUCGCAAUCGUGGGCACUGGCGGAGCACAAGGUGAUCCCAUCGGCUUCCACUACCAUCGGGAAGCACACGACGUGUUCCUUUGUCUAAAAGGCAGCGUCAACGUCUGGGCUGGCGAUCAAUGUCGGACUCUAGGUCCUGGGGAUCUGGCCAGUGUGCCACCCGGCACGAUCCACCAGUACCAGAUCCUGGGCGACUACACGGAAUUUGUGGGGCUGGUUGUCCCUGGCGGUUGGGAGGAGUUCUUCCGCUUCAUCGGAGAGCCGUACUCCGGCCCAUUGUUUCCGCUGGCGGACGAACGCAACAUUUUCGAGGUCCUCAUCCCGAAAUUGAAGGCCGCCGCGGAUAAGUUCGAUAUGAUCCCCGUGAGAGACCAUCCUGCUGUUCAACCGCAACCCUGGCAGGAUGGCCACGAUAACAAACUUCCUGGAGCCUUGGAGCCGUAUUUCCUUCGCGCCGGAACAGGCCUGCGGUAUCUGGUUGGCGGAGUGGUGGUCAGCCCGCUCGUUGGCGCUGCAGAGUCUGCCGGCAGGUUUUCCAUCGCUUGUAUUGAGGGCUCUUCAUGGCACAAGGACCCUGUACUAUCAGAGACUUUCCAAUUUAGCAGUGUUCAUCAUGCCAUUCAAGUGGCGGACGGCCACUUAGAACUGACAAUUGGAGACCAGCAAGCAAACCUGAGUGCGGGUGAGACGGCAUACAUCCCUAAGACGACUUCGUUCAGUCUCCGGAUCGUGAGUAGAUAUAUAAAGUUCUAUACUUUCGUAUCUGGGAACGGCUUGAUAGAACUUCUAUGUCAGCUAGGCCAACCUUACGAUCAGACCAUACCUCCAGAGACGCCAGUGUCAUGGGGUAAGAAGAGAGUGAAGGAGCUUCUGGGGAAAUAUUAG